AUGACAGGAGGUUUGUGUUACUGGGUGUAUUUCCCAUCCCCAGAGAGCCAUGCUGCGGGUGACGGCGUGUCCCGCUCGCAGCAGUCUUCAGUUGCUUUUAGCAUGAAGGGACUCAUCCUGGCCCUGGUGCUCGUCCUCGUGGGGGGUCAGAAGCAGGACCUCGAGCCCGUUUUUCAUACCGGCAAGACCUACCUGUAUGGCUACAGCAGCUUCAUCCUGCACGGGCUGCCCGGCAGAAGCCUGGCGAUGGCAGGGGUGAGGCUGACCUGCAAGCUGGAGAUCAGCCGUGUGUCUCGCAGCGACCACCUUCUCCAGAUUCGCUCUCCAAAGCUGGAGGAAUACAAUGGCUUCUGGCCCACAGACCCCUUCACUCCAUCUUCGAGGCUCACAGAGACCAUCACUGCAUGUUUCAGCCAAGCCUUUAAGUUUGAGUACACUGAGGGAAGGGUUGGAAGUAUUUACGCCCCUGAGGACUGUCCCAUCCUGUGCACUAACCUAGUGAGAGGGAUCCUGAACAUGAUGCAGAUAACCAUCAAAAAGUCACAAAAUGUGUAUGAACUACAGGAGGCUGGUAUUGAAGGCAUCUGCCAAACCAGAUACGUCAUCCGGGACGACAUCAAGAAUAACCGUGCCACCAUUUCCAAAAGCAAGGACCUGACAGACUGCCAGGAGAAAGCGGUGAAGAACAUGGGAAUGGCGUACAUCCGUCCCUGCCCCACCUGCCCCCUGAAAGUCAGAAACAUUAAGGGCAUGGUGAUGUUUGCUUACAAGAUGAAGUAUGAUGACAGCGGGGUCUUGAUGACGUCUGCUACGUCUGAGCAGGUGUACCAGAUCUCUCCCUUCAAUGAACCUAAUGGGGCAGCAGUCACGGAGGCAAGACAAGAAUUGUCUUUGGUCAACAUUAAAAGGACUUCCAUCAGUCCACCAAAAACUCAGCUGCAAAACCAGGGGAGUCUUCGUUAUCAGUUCUCAGGAGAGCUACUCCAGAUGCCAUUUCCUCUAAUAAGGAUUAAAAAUCCAUAUUUGCAGUUAACAGAAACACUGAGGCAAUUAGUUCAGAAUAACGAGGAAGAAGCCACUAAAGAAGCUUCAGCCAAGUUCUUACAAGUGGUCCAGCUUCUUCGUAUAGUGACCCUUGAUCAGAUUGAGUCUGUGUGGGUGCAGUUUGCCAGUGACCCUCCCUACAGGCCCUGGUUCCUGAGCGCCGUCUGUGCCGCUGGAGCCACUGACACAUUCAGAUUCCUGAAGCAAAAAAUUCAUGAUGAGAAGCUGAACAUCUGGGAAGCAGCUGCGACUCUCCCUCUCGCCUUCCAUUUCGUUACACCCAACAAGCAAACCCUUGCAGUUGCCUCAACUUUUCUGACCUGUCCCCAGAUCCAGAAAGCACCCAUGCCUCGCAUACUUGUUUACCUGGGAUAUGGUAGCAUGGUAAAUAAAUACUGUGCUCAGUCUUCAUUUUGUCCAAAUGAACUUCUUCAGCCACUCCAUGAACUUGCUACUGAAGCCGCCAGCAAAGGCAAUGCCAAAGACACGGCCUUGGCCCUGAAAGCCAUCGGCAACGCGGGAGAGCCAGCCAGUAUCAAACGCAUCCUGAAGUUUUUGCCAACGUUUUCACCUACUGCAGCCUCACUACCGAGCAGAAUUCAUGCUGAUGCAGUGUUGGCCUUGAGGAAAAUUGCCAGAAAAGACCCCGCAAAAGUAAGGGAGAUCUCCCUCCAGGUCUUUAUGGACAACACGCUUGCUCCUAACGUCCGAAUGGUGGCUUGUGUUGUCCUCUUCGAAACCAAGCCUGCUCUUCCAACUGUAACAGCUAUGGCCAGCUCGCUGCUGACGGAGCCCAGCUUACAGGUAGCCAGUUUCACAUACUCACACAUGAAGGCUUUGGCAGUAGGCAGGAUCCCACAGCUCUAUAAUCUAUCUGCUGCUUGCAACAUUGCCAUUAAACUACUGAGCCCCAGACUUGACAGGCUGAGCUAUCGUUACAGCAAGGUCAUUCAUGUCGGCGGCUAUUCCUCUGAAUAUCAGGCUGGUGCCAUUUGGAGGGUUUAUCUAAUGAAUGGUCCCAGCACCAUGUUUCCAUCUGAUAUAAUCACAAAAGUAAGAGGAUAUUAUGCAAAUACUGCGACGGAUAUUAUCGAGGUGGCUCUCCGGUCACAAAGUCUAACUGAGCUUAUCAGGAAGCAGAAUAUUCCCUUUGCAGAGUAUGACACGUACAAGACACUGAAGGAACUCGGUAAAACGCUUCUGGGAUGGAAAGAACUGCCUCCUGAAGACCCUCUGGUGUCUGCUUACAUCAAAGUAUUGGGCCAAGAGAUCGCCUUUGCUGACAUUGAUAAAGAUGCCAUUCAGCAGACCAUGACGAGUCUCACUGGCUCAUCAAACUGGCAGCCGGUGGUGAAAAAAGUGUUGGAAGAGGUCCAGCGAGGCAUU